AUGUAUCUCUACGCACCCAUUGGAAAGCACCAUGCCCACUUGAUCCAACCACCAUCUACUUUCAGGGAAUACCUGCUCAGCACUCCUGAUCCCAACCAAGACCAUAUCCAAGCCAUGGACGCUGCGUUUCGCCCCCCAAUACCUGGCGCAGCUGGUCCAACUCCUGCCCAAUGCUUCGCUAUCCCAGGCCGCAGUGACAACAAUAUCAACCACUGCGCCUUUGUGGGAGAUCUGGAUGAGCAUGGAACCAUGCCUCCCAUCGUGGUCAUCGCCCAAAAUGCCUUCGAUCCACUCGACAAUCUGGCCACUUUGCAGAAUGUCUGGAAUGUACUCCCCCUCGGCGCAACCGGAGUCCAGCCUCCUGCUGCCAACGCUGACAAAGUCAAUGCCAAAUGCUUGACCCCCAUCCCAUAUCCAUAUGUCAAUCAAAUCCUACAAGCCCACAUGGAUGGGCUUUUGACCUGGCGAUACCUUAUUACCGAAGUCCUGCAAUCCGUCAGUCUUGUUGCUGUGGAAGAGGAAGCCUACUCCGGCUUUGUCGAUUGGGUUCGUGUGUCCAGCACCGAACGCCCCGAUCCCACCAACCCAGGCAACUUUAUUGAUCCAGAAACUGUCAUGGAGUUUGUUGCAGUCUUGGGGGUUCCUCGAGCCCUCAAUACACGCCGCCCUAUAGUGCUUUUGUAUCUCGCAGGCCUGGAACUCCCCACCGUGCUCGAACGGCACAUUUAA